AAUUCAUUACCUGUCUAUGUUCAUUACCAAUUAACUAGUCACAAACAGUCACAAACAAAACCAUUUAUGUCACAAACAUUCACAAAUGAUUGGUAUAGGUGAAUGUUAGAAAUUUGACUUUUAAUGUUUUCCGUUGGUUAAUUUAAAAGAGCCAUAUGUACGGUAAAUUGCAAACCUUAAUAAUAACUUCAAUACAUAUCAAUGAGAAUGAGGCCAUGUUGAGGCCAAUAAGUAAUAUUCUGCUUCUAUGUUCAGCCUUCCAGUGCAGUGGUGUGUAGUGGAUGUGCUAAUGUAUGGGUGGAAAACAGUAUACGAUUAAAGAUUUUAUAUGUUUAAUAAAGUUAUCAUACUUAUAAUUAAAAAUGGAAAAUGCAACUUCAGAAAUGUCUAGACUUUGUCGUGCAUGUAAAAAUGAAUCCAAACAUAUGCUAUCGUUGUUUGAAUCUUUAGAAAACAUGGAACCCAGUCCCCGGAUUGACGAGAUGCUAAUGGCUUGCACUUCUAUUCAAAUUCGUUUGGGAGAUGGUCUGCCUACACUUAUUUGCUCACCUUGUACAGAUCUCCUGAGGGCAUCGUAUUUGUUCAAAAAAAAGUGUGAAGAUACUGAUAAUGAUUUUAGAGAGCAUAUUAAGCAGAUUAGAAAAGAUGAAGACAUUAAACCAAAUACCUCACAAACUACAUCUAAUUCUGAAUUGUCAACUAAUUUGUUAGAAGAAAUCAAUAAUGUUAUAGUUAAUAAUGUAUCGGAUUCUUCAUUACUUUCAUCCAAUUUGCAAACAAGCCUUCAAUCAGAAAUUAAAUGUGAUUCUGAAAACAAAGAUUUUAUAGAAAUUCUAGAUAACUGCCAAAUUCUUCUCACUUGCCGUACUUGUCAUAAAAGUUUUACUACAUGUGAUGGACUUAGGAGUCACAAAAGGUUACACACUGGUGAAUUAUUUCAGUGUAAAGUAUGCUCCAAAGUGUAUACUCGUCAAACGCACCUACAAAGACAUGAAACAACACACAAAAGACAUAAGGUACAUAUUUGUAAAAUAUGUAAUAAGACUUUAAAGAGAUAUGAGCAUUUAAAGCGUCAUCUGAUUACGCACAUUAGAGAAAAGCCAUUUGCUUGUAAAAGUUGCAGUCGUGGCUUUAGUAGGGCAGAACAUUUAGCAAACCAUGCAGUUCGUUGUAAAGGAGAUAAAGUUUAUGUUUGUGAUAUUUGUAAUAAAGGAUUCAAUCGUGCAGAUAGCUUGGAAGUUCAUAAAAAACUACAUGAAAAUAAACAACCAGUUCUACCUACUUUAGAAGAUUUGAAUAAUGUGGAGGACCACUAUUUUGAGAUUGAUUUUGAAGAUAGUUCAAUGCUUCAAGAUUUUGCUGAUGAUGGAGAUGGCGAUGAUGAUGAUGAUGACAAAAGAGACUGUUUUGAGCCACAAGUUAAUAUAACAGAAAACACAGACCAGCAGAUUGACUUGUACUCAUCAAAUUCAAAUAAAGGAGAAGAUAUUGCAAUACAAAAUGAUAAAAAAAGUCAGUAUGAAACUGGUGAAGUAAUUUCUGAUGAUGUUGAAAAUCAAUAUGACCACAAUUUUGUUGAUAUACAUCAAACUGAUGAUGAUGCUAAUGUUGAACCAGCUGAACAUGAUAGUGUGGAAAUAAUAACAAAAGAAGAAAAUGUAUAUGAUGAUGAUGAAUGCAGCUUUUUGGAUAAUAAGGCUGAAGUAGAGAAUCUGACAGUACAAAACGACACCACCGUGUACCCUGAACAAGAUACUGAGUUUAAUGAUGAAUAUGUUGCAGAAGAAUCAGAUAGUGCUGAUUCUGAAUAUCGGCCCAUGAAAACAGUUAGACGGUCAAAAGGUAAAAGAGGUAGACCUAAAAAGUACUCUAAAUCUCCUAAAGCAACUGGAAGGCCAAGAGGAAGACCAUUAGGAUCUAUAAAAGUAAAAAAAGUUAUAGAUGAUGAAAAGGCAUCAUGUAAGGAAUGUGGUAAAAAGUUUGUUAGGCAUACUAACUUGAAACGACAUCUUAUGUCUCAUUCUGAAAUAAAGCCAUAUCAAUGUGAAAAAUGCUCUAAGAGAUUCAAUCGACGUGAUCAUUUGUCCACUCAUAUGAAAUUGCAUUUUAGAAAAAAUAAAUUCCAAUGUGAAAUUUGUAAAUGCUCCUUUAGUAGAGCUGAUCAUCUUGCUAAACAUCAGGUAUCCAAACAUAACAUUGGAAACAUUGUCAUAUCGGAAAAGAAAUUUAAAUGUGAAAUUUGCCAAAAAGGAUUUACCACUGAAAAAUAUCGUGAUAUCCAUAUGAAAGGACAUAUGGGCGAAAACACUUACAUUUGUAAGACAUGCGAAAAGACGUUUAUUUCUAAAUCACAUUUAACAGAACAUAUGAAGUUUCACAACGAUCAUUGCAAGAAAUUUUUAUGUUCGGAAUGUGGUCAGCGAUUUAUAAGAAACGAUUAUCUUGUUAUUCAUAUGAGACGACACAGGGGAGAAAAGCCAUUCAAAUGUAAAUUUUGUGGAAAAGGAUUUCCCCGCACUACGGAUCUAACUGUACAUGAAAGGUAUCACACUGGUGAAAAAACACAUUUGUGUACAAUUUGUGGACGAGGAUUUGGAAGGGCUUAUAAUCUAACGGUACACAUGAGAACGCACACCGGGGAAAAGCCUUACCAAUGUACCUAUUGUGAUGCAGCAUUUGCCCAAGGAAAUGAUUUAAAAGCUCACAUUCGACGACAUACCGGCGAGAGGUUUCACUGCGAUCUUUGCAAUGAGAGCUUCUUAAUGGGGUACUUAUUAACGCAACAUAAAAGAACAGUUCAUGGACUGAAUGUUGUUAGUAAUAUCCGAAGACUUAAGCCAAUACAUAAAAUAGAGAAAACAGAUGAAAGUAAUUCAGACGAUCCGCCUCCCUUAACUAUCAAGCUUCCGGCCCCUGUUGUUCCAGUUAACGUUCUUCAAGCUCAGUUGGCAAUGGCUCAGCUGCAAAAUCAAAUUGGUGACUCUUGUGAAUUAAAAUUUGAGGCCACAUAAAGAAGGGUACACUGUUUAAAUUUGUUUAAUUGUAAUAUUAACACGAACUUGUUACACUUGAACCAAUUUGCACCAACUUCCCAAUUAGUGUUAUUAAAGUUUGAACAGAAGUUAUUUUUGA